GGAAAGUUGAUUGUAAACUUCCGAGCAUGGGAUUACUGUGGACAGCUGUAGCCGUCACACCUGGUCCUGCGCUGGAAUACGGGAACUCAGUGUGGAUGCAGCCAUGACGAUAGUGAUCGGCUUCGAAGGCAGUGCAAACAAGAUCGGUGUGGGGAUCGUGCGAGAUGGAGCGGUGCUGUCCAAUCCCAGGCGCACAUACAUCACUCCCCCUGGACAAGGCUUCCUGCCCAGUGAGACUGCGAAGCACCAUCGUGCCUGUGUCCUCUCCGUCCUGAAGGAGGCGCUGCUGCAAGCUGGGAUCCAGCCCGCCGACAUCGACUGCGUGGCGUUCACCAAGGGUCCUGGAAUGGGAGCUCCACUUGUUGCCGUGGCGAUUGUUGCUCGGACGGUGGCCCAGCUCUGGAAGAAGCCACUGCUGGGUGUCAAUCACUGCAUCGGCCACAUUGAGAUGGGGCGCCUCAUCACUGGGGCUGCCAACCCCACUGUGCUCUACGUGAGCGGUGGAAACACACAGGUGAUCUCAUAUUCUGAGCGGCGAUACCGGAUAUUUGGAGAGGCGAUAGAUAUUGCUGUAGGAAACUGUCUGGACAGAUUUGCACGAGUCAUUAAGAUAUCCAAUGACCCCAGCCCCGGCUAUAACAUUGAGCAGAUGGCAAAAAAGGGCUCACAGUUUGUGGAGCUUCCUUACACAGUCAAGGGGAUGGAUGUGUCCUUCUCUGGGAUCCUGUCAUACACUGAGGAAAUGGCUCACAAGAUGUUGGGUGCCGGGGAGUGCACUCCUGAAGACCUCUGCUUCUCACUCCAGGAAACGCUCUUCUCCAUGCUGGUGGAGGUCACAGAGAGGGCGAUGGCGCACUGCGGCUCCCGGGAGGUGCUCAUCGUGGGGGGGGUCGGCUGCAACCUGCGGCUCCAGGAGAUGAUGGAGGUCAUGUGUCAGGAGAGAGGAGCCAAGCUCUUUGCUACAGAUGAGAGGUUUUGUAUUGAUAACGGAGCCAUGAUUGCUCAAGCUGGAUGGGAGAUGUUUAGAUCAGGUCAUGUGACUUCACUGGAGGAUUCCUGGGUCACACAAAGCCCAUGUCAUCCAGACCUCCCCAAUGUACAACCUCAGUGCAUGUCUCAGCUGGCCCCUUUUUCAUCACCUUCUGCACACUCUGCAAGAAGACAGACAGGAUGAUUGCAGGUCACACAGUUCAGGAGGAGAGUGUUUCAUAUCUUUAAUAGAGUCAUUAAGUCAGUUCUGUUAUCAUUUGUAACAAUGAAAUUGACACCCAUCUUGUUUGUAUUUUAUUUUAUUGCAGAUUCAGAACAGAUGAAGUUGAAGUUACCUGGAGAGAUUAGAAAGGAGCUGUAUUUUUAUAACUUUAAUAAAUCAUAAUAUCCCAAA